AUGAUCGUCCAAGAUAGGUUGGAGUUGAGUGUACGGCUGGUGAUUGAAUGUCUGCAGACAUUGCGUGCAAGUUAUGAGCCUGUGAACUGGCAAAGAGAAGGUAGCACGACUAAGGCUUCAGUGAGCAGUAAGAAGGAAGGAACCCAAAUCGAUAUUGUUGGUGUCGUAAUAGAAGAAGGCAAGAAAUGCAUGGUAUCGCUGUUCGACAGCGAGGACGAUAGGUCUUUGGGUCAGGCUAUCUUUCUGUAUGAUGAGGACCUUGCAAUAAGCCAGGAUCUGCCGCUACCACUGGAAUAUGAGAGCUACAGGAGUAGCAUCAAGAAGGAUGAAUUCGUUCACGUCCUACGUAGAAUUGGUGACAAGUUGCGGCUCGAAGUGCCCGCAGAGCUGAAGCAAGUAGAGACUGAGCAAGUAAUGCAGAGAGGAUCGAUGGCUCUAGACAUCGACAGAGGCAGAUUGCAAGGGAACGCCCCUCCCAGUUCGACGUUCAGGAGACCGCCAGAUAUGCCAGGUUUCGAGGACGAGUACCAGAUACAUGACGAGCGCGCAAGCCCGGCGGACGUCAGAGGUCCACAGUCCGGAUACGGCGACAGUGAUCUUUAUCCAACGGGGCAGAAAUACCCAAACCUGGCUGAUCCCACCUCGCAAAUGCCGCCGGUACGGCCUGGCCACGAUCAGGGCGGUAUGACCUUUGACCCGUUGCGGGACCAGGCCAAGAGACAGGAAGAAGAAGAGGGCAAGCUACGUGGGCCAGGCUGGAUCCCCGGCGCCAAGUUCGACGACCCGUACGGCCGCCCAGGCUUCGGAGGCACCACUGGUCCCGGCUCCAGCGGGUUUGGGUUCGGCGGAGGCGGUUUCAUCUAG